AUGUCCAAGGAGGACGCCACGGAGUCUGGUCCCUCGUCUAGGGAGUCGUCAGAGGGGUCGGAAGCCCGACAAUCAUCCGCAAGGAGGCCCAGCUCUGGCAAAAAAUCAAACAAGGUAGCCAAACCACGCCUAACAGCAAGUCAGAAAAGCUUCAACCACAAGGAUGCCGAAAACAAGCGGAGGACUGCAAUUAGACAGCGCUUUACGGAGCUCUCGCAUAUGGUGCCUGGUGCCGAGGGCCAGGAGAGAAGUGAGCAAGUGAUGUUGAGCAAGACAACGGAGUUCUUGCGAGCCAUGCUUCUUGAACAGCGACGGCUUAUAGAAGUGGCCGAUUCACAAGGGAUUCAGGUUGACCCUGGUUGGAGGUUACGGGAUGAUGACCUUGGCGGACCGGGUUGGAAGGCGAAAAACAUGGAGCAAUAUGAGUCCAGCAAGCAGAAAAAAGGCACAGGAACCGCGCAAGCGGGCAACAAUGGAGACGAGAAUGACUAG